CUAUGACAACCUGAACAGGGUUGCCGUUUAUUGGUUCAAUUAUGAUCUAGUUAUAUUCCAGCUGAGAGGAUGAACAAGUAUGCCUCCGAGUUGGUAAUGCGCUUGCAUUAUUCUAAUGUGAAGGUUGUCACACGUAGUGUAUGCUGGAAGCCAAUAAGGAUCAGCCACAGAAGUGAUGCAUCUGCGGGAUUAACGAGCCCAUCGGUGAGCAUCAUACGCCAACUGGAGAAUGCUCCGCCUGAGGAUAUAAUAGUGGUUGGCAAUGCAGUUAAUCAAUACUUUUUCCAAUCAAAACUAGCUCAAACAAAUACAGCAGUCAUUUGGUCAUGCUUCGAUGUAGUGGCAAAAGAACUUUGUUGCAUCAAGGCGUACUAUGUCGAAUCCUUUACUAAGGAGCGGGCUAUACGAUGUAAUCGCGGAGAAGUUGAAGUAAUAAGUUUGAUGGACAAGGUUAUUGAUGAAGCGCUUUACCAUGCUUCUGUUACAUUUCACCCAGGCGUAUGCACUCUUCGAGAGAUCGUAGUUGACUUAAAAAAUAGUGUAUUUUAUUUGGUUAUGGACCACUAUCCCGGACAGAUUUUACACUACGAUGAACAAAACAAAGUUUAUACGGGCAUUUCCCCUGGUAAUAUGAUCCGUCCGGAUACUGAUUCCUGCUCUCUGCAGUUAUUCAAUGAGAAUGAUGCAAAGAUCAUCAUUCAGGAUAUAUCUCUAACAUUAAAGUACUUGCAUGCCAAUGGCAUAAUUCAUAAGGACUUAAAACCUGAAAAUAUACUUCUGACAGGAUCGAUUCCAUUAGCACAUGAGGCUGUGAUUAUGCCUUUUAUACAGGAAGUUAAUAUAUCAACGGAUUAUCCCGCUGAUAUUGAGUUAUAUAGCACAUUCUACGGUGAGGAGCUCUUGGAGCACGUAAAAGAAUUUAUUAUGUCGCACAAUUCGGUUUCAUAUGAAGAUGCGCCCGUAUGCGGAGUUGUGCCCAGGCAUUUCCCUUAUAGUCCCGCUCUAGAAAAUGAGAUGGACUUUAAUUUGGCUGAUCAAUGUCCCAUAAUAUGUGACAUAAUAAAGGAUUCUGAUGAUCACAGUACGGUGCGGAUCGGAUCGUCAGCGCUUAACUAUGCAAGACGUUUAAAAGAGGAGAACGAAGCUUCUUCAAUACCGAUUUUGGAUUUCUUCUUAUCGCAGGAUGGGCCCAGUAUACGAUAUCAUAGGCAUGAGGCGAUACAAGAAGCUGCAGCGUCUUUUUACAAGUUAAAAGGGGAGAAACCUGAACUAAGCACAUCCAUGGCUCAUCAUGAAAUGGUCCGCCAACCAUCUGUAGUGUUGACCGACUUCGGUGUUGCCAGUAUCGCAGAAAGUGGAGACGGUAUUGCGGAUCCACUGAUUUUUGAUGGUGAGGGUACCACUUCUUUUACUAGCCCAGAGGCAUUGAAGGAUCUUGAGUGCGGGAUAUCUGGUAGCAAACGUGAUAUUUUUUCAUUAGGUGCGAUCCUUUUCACGAUGAUAUUCGGUAAGCUGCCAUAUGAGGGCAAUUCGGGGAUCGUUCUGCUGGUCAAUAUGCUUCAUAAGCCAUUGCAGUUCCCAAAUUACAGACAAGUGUCAGAUGAGCUGAAGGAGCUCCUACGUGGAAUGCUAAAUACAGAUCCCCGCCAGAGGUUCGACAUUGACCAGGUAGUAUCACAUCCGUGGUUUUCUGUCGUUUGAUUUGUGUGAAAAUCAGGAAAUUGGACAUUUGAAUUCAACACCAAUGCAU